UAGAUGUGAAUGGCAAUUUACUUAAAGAGGAACAUAUUUUAGGAAAAUUAAAAGACAAGAGAAACUGGAUUUCAGAAAUAUCUUUAGCCAGGAAAAUACUGCAACCUUUCGAAAAAAUAAUGAAACCUAAAAUUGCUAAGUUUGUAAACAUUAUGAAAGGACAAUUUUUUUACACAAAUGAUAAAAAAGUAUUCUUCAAAGAUCAAAAAUCUAAGUUUUUCUAUAAUAUUCUUGAAUAUCAUAAUAAAGAAAGAAUGUACACUAAAGAUAAAUGGAAGAUUGAUUUUAAAUUUCACAUAAAUUGGAAAAUGUAUUUUAAUAACAAGAUUAUAGCAAUUGUUGAUAAAAAAGUAGCUUACUUUAACUUCAAAUUAUUUCAUAAUGUUCUUCCAUCUUCCAUAGAUCUUUUUAAGUGGAAAAAAGCAGAUCCAAAAAUUUGCAAUUUUUGUAAGGUUGAAAAUAAUUUAAAACACAUUAUUAUAGAGUGCGAUCAAAUAAAAGACUUGUGGAUCUAUAUUUCCUCAAAAUUAAAAAUUAAAAUUUCAUGGAAAAAUAUUGUUAUUGGCAAUAAUAUUAUUUUUAAAAGAAGUCAUGAAAAUGUCAUUGAUCUAAUAAUAUCAACAUUUGCAUAUAACAGCUAUAAAUCAUGGCUCAUUAGCAAAGAAAAAAAUAAUCCAAGAUUAUGGAGGAACACAUUAUAUUAUUCAAUCGCACACCUAUGUAUUUAUGAAAAGUCAACCUAUGAAAUUAAAAAUAUUAAAUUAUAUAUACAAAAAUUAAAAGAAUGAGGUGUUCAUGCCGCAGUCUUAGGCAAACCUUUAUUUGUAACCCCACUAUCCAUUCUUUGGGGAAAAUUGUACUUUCUAUUAUUUUGGAAUAGAAAAAAAAAAUGAUCAGAGGAAUAUGGUGCAUGGUUUUAGACCUCAAGACCUAGCUCCUCUAUAGCUGCAUGGUCUUUAAUGCCGACCUGUGGGCA